CUUUCUUAAUUUUAAUUAUUCUCCCUCUCUUUGUCUCUCUUCCCUUCUCUCUCUUCUUCUUCUUCUUCUUCUUCUCUGUACUUGAUUCUAUCAGAACAAGGGUUUUUGCAUCUGUUUCUCCCCUGUUCCAUACAUAUAUUCUCUGCCCAGACUAAGAUCACUUCUUCAUCAGACAAGUUCAUCACCAUCACAAUUGAAUCUAAUUCUGUCUUCUCCUCUAACUUCUCAUCACCCUCCUUAAAUUCUCUCUGAAUCUCUAGCUCCAGCGUCAGCAGUUUGUUAGGUUACACCUUUGCUUGGUUUGCUUUCUUCACCUGAUCGAAGUUCUGAACUAGUAGAAGUGAACAAGAAAACUAAGAAGCUUAGAGUGAUCUUCUUCCUACGUCGAUCUUGAUUCCCUAUUCAUCCAAAAUUGCGAGUCUGGCGAAUCCUUGGUGGAGCGGUCAGCUGGGGCUGCCGGGCAUGGACCCGGCAGCCAAUUCACCAGCAGCCCUAAACAAGCGCGAACUCGAGAUUUCCAUGAAUGAAAACAGCGGCGGCAGAAGUGGCAGAGACGACGACGAAGAUAGAGAUCAAGGAGAUGAGCCUAAAGAAGGAGCCGUCGAGAUUGGAUCUCGAAGGCCCCGAGGCCGUCCUCCCGGAUCCAAAAACAAACCCAAACCGCCCAUCUUUGUCACCAGGGACAGCCCCAACUCCCUCAGAAGCCACGUUAUGGAAGUCGCCGGCGGUGCUGACGUGGCUGAGAGCGUGGCACAGUUUGCACGGAGGCGUCAGAGAGGUGUUUGUGUACUCAGCGGGAGUGGUUCAGUGGCCAACGUGACACUGAGACAACCUGCUGCCCCAGGUGCCGUUGUAGCACUCCAUGGAAGGUUUGAGAUCCUGUCCCUGAGCGGAGCGUUCCUGCCUGGACCCGCGCCACCCGGGUCGACAGGCCUGACCGUCUACCUAGCAGGCGGUCAGGGUCAGGUGGUUGGGGGUAGCGUUGUUGGAUCACUUGUUGCAGCUGGACCAGUUAUGGUGGUGGCUGCUACUUUUGCUAAUGCUACUUAUGAGAGACUGCCUCUUGAGGAAGAUGAUGAGGCUGCAAGUGUUGGAGGAGGCCAUGGAGCUUCUGGAAGUUCCCCUACUGGAGUUGGAAGUAGUGGCGGUCCUCAGGUACUGCCGCCUGGGCACGGCGGGCAGCUACCUGAUCCGUCGUCGCUCCCCCUUUAUGGUCUGCCACCCAAUCUGAUCCCCAACGGCGGGCCGCUCGGGCAUGACGCUUAUCCCUGGCCUCAUUCAAGAGCGCCUUACUGAAAAAGAGGAGCAGUUCAUCUUCAUGAUCAGGCAAUCCUCCAUUUCUUGUAACUGAGAGAUGUAAAACACUAGAAACAUGUAGAGAGAGAGAGAGAGAUGUGAAUUAAAAGGAGAGCAUGUUCUCGAUGUUAUAUUUGUAAAAGCUUAUUUGAGUUUGCAGCAAUGAAAAGGAUAAUAAUGAAUAUUGUG